UGAACAACAAGCCUUCACUCAACAGCAAUGGCAUCCCAAAUCUCCAGGAUAUUUUUAUUGCUCCUUGUAAUGACAGUUAGUUUUGUGGUUUUCGUUCUAUCUCAGGAAUAUUUAUCAAAAAGUUGGACAAUUUUCUCUGGAAAACAUGAACUCAGAUCGGAAAACUUUUUGUUUGAUAUUAACCUCUGGGGACAGGAAGAAAAAACAGCUGUGCCAUCUUCUGUGUCUACCACAGCUGUGGCUGAGACUCCAAUACCUCUCCUCUACAGAGGAAAUUUCACAAAGCUUCCUCAGUGGGAUUUUGAUGAUGUCUAUAACCAGGAUGCCCCACCUAGACCAACAACAUGUGCCCAAUCACUGCGAAACUCUCAGGAUGAGAACUUCAAGAAGGCUUUUCUUCCCAACAUACGUUUGUUUCUGCACAAGGACAACAUUAACAUGAGCGAGUGGAAUCGCCUUUCACAUUUUAACAAUCCUUUUGGGUUUAUGGAGUUCAAGUAUGAUGAUGUGAUGGCUUCAGUGAAGCUGAUUCCAAAGCCAAAAGAGCCACUGCUCCUCCCAAAACCAGGUGGUGAUGGCUGUGUUCACUGUGCUGUGGUGGGUACGGCAGGAAUUCUGAAUGGCUCAAAAGUGGGUGCAGAGAUCGAUGCUCAUGAUUACGUUUUUCGGAUGAACGGUGCCGUUACCAAAGGUUAUGAGGAAGAUGUAGGAAAUAGAACAUCAGUGUACGUUCACACAGCGCACUCCAUCACCGCAUCACCUUAUUUUUUUGGGAAGUAUGGAUACAAAUCUGCCCCUCAUGAUGAGGGAAUAAAAUAUGUGCUGAUUCCUGAAGGCAUGAGAGAUUUCCAAUGGCUCGAGGGUCUCCUUAAAGGACAAGAGGUCUCUGGUGGUCAAUUCAACAAGAAAUGGCCAAGGGACUACUAUUCAGGGCAGUACAAUGAGAGCCGAUUCUACGUUCUACACCAGGACUUCCUCCGAUAUGUGAGGAACAGGUUCCUAAAGUCACCUAAUCUGAAUAAAAAAUUCUGGCCAAUAGUCAGACCAACCAAUGGAGCAUUCACCCUCUUCCUGGCUUUGCAUACUUGUGACACAGUGGAUGCAUAUGGGUUCAUGACUGAUGACUACAUGAAAUACUCCAACUACUAUGUUCAGAAGUACAUUAAAACUAAAGUAAUUUUCUAUGCCAACCAUGACUACAAUUUGGAGAAGAAUACAUGGAAAGACCUUCACAACAGAAAAAUAAUAAAGCUGUAUCAAAGAACGGAGCCAGAAUCAGGGACUGAAAAGCCAAAGUAACACUGAGUCCACCCGUAAGGAUAAAACCUACACCACUGAUGAUAUUCAAGAGCCAUGUCAGCAAGCACAGCAAGAAAGUCCUGUGUUCACAUCCACUGUAUAGUUAUACAGUGGAGCCUUUUUUUUGUGGAGUUUGCAUGUUCUCCCUGUGUCUGUGUGGGUUCUCUCCGGGUACUCAGUCCAAAGACAUGCACUUAGUAGGGUUAGAGAUUAAUUUGUUAUUCUAAAUUACCAAUAGGUGUGAGUGUAAAUGGUUGACUGCUGCUCUGUGUGAGCUUUGUCGCAGGACUCUGUGUUAGUGUAUCUACUCUGGUCAAAAGAAUCUACGCUUAGUACUGAUGUCCACAAUUCCUUUUUAUUCCUCUCACAAUCAUGGAGCACUGUGAAAACUAGAAACAAGUAAAAUUAUAUCAAUAGUAUGUAUGACAUCCAUCUCAGACAGUUUUUAUCAAAGUGCACAAGUGCUUAACAAAUUAACCAGCAUUAUCUUUUAAAGUGUAUGCCUUGUAAACCAGCAGUAGAAAAGUUGUAGAUCCUAAAAGUCCGCUGUGUUAUUGUUCUGCCUUGUCUCUCCUGCUCACAACUUCCAGUUCCCGGGACUCAAGGAGGACGUGACUACUCCACAACUGUUUUAAAAGAAACAUUUGUAGGAAAAUAGUAUCACUGGACUCAUAGAUUGUCUCUUUCCACUGUAACUGUACACAAACAUGAAUACUGAAU